AUUCAUUACUUUUUCAUCUUUGAUUUUUCAGAGACACUGUUGAUUCGCCGCGUUGACUGAUCCGUAUUACUAUCAAUAUUGUAUUAAUCAAGUUAUUAGGGUUUGUAAAUAUUCAUUUCUGUGAAGGAUUCAUUCUCUGUUUGAUCGUAUAGGUUCUUCCACGGCGUUUCCAUAUCGAAGGGUUGGGUCUAGGGUUAGGGCGAUGCGGAUGGAAGCGUCCGGUACAAAUUCGGACGCACACAGAGGUAUUUCUUCAUCGACUAGUAGCAAUAUUGGUAUUAAUUCUAGAAGACAUGGAGGAGGAGUGCAAUUAUCUGCUUCGAAUUUAUUUCGUGCGCCAUUAUCAACAUUAUUGGAAUAUUCUGGAAUUUUAAGGACAAGGUCAAAUCAUUCAGAAUCCGAUAGUUUGAUAAACAGUGGGGUCCGCGAUCAUUUUCAGUCCCGUGUGGAUGAUGAUAACGCUGGGGCAUCAUCACCAGCUUCUGCUGCUGGUGGUUCUGGUGAAGUUUCAAUUAGGAUUAUUGGUGCGGGCGAGCAAGAUCAUGAUAGAGUUGGGACUGUUGGUGUUGGACCAGUGAGGGAAGUGGAUGGGCAAAAUGAAGGUUUCGGGAGGCCAAUUUCAAGGUCGGGGUCUGCAGCUUCAGUCGGAGCAUUGGAGAGUCAACCGGGUGAUAGAGGGGCGGGAGAUGGUGUCAAUGGAAGCGCAGAUACGGGGGCUGCUGACGGUGCUGGUGUUAAUAAUAGGGAGUCUUCUUACCAAAGAUAUGAUAUACAGCAGGCUGCUAGGUGGAUUGAGCAAAUUAUUCCGUUCUCUUUGCUUUUGUUGAUUGUUUUCAUCCGGCAGCAUUUGCAAGGUUUCUUUGUUACAAUUUUGAUCGCUGCCGUCAUGUUCAAGUCAAAUGAUAUUGUAAAGAAGCAGACUGCACUUAAGGGCGAGAGGAAAAUCUCUGUUUUGAUCGGUGUAUGUCUUCUGUUCAGCGGUUAUGUAGUUGGCUUUUAUUGGUGGUACCGAAAUGAUGAUCUUUUGUAUCCAUUGUUGAUGCUACCACCAAAGGCCAUACCUCCUUUUUGGCAUGCGAUCUUCAUAAUCAUGGUGAAUGAUACUUUGGUUCGCCAGGCAGCAAUGGUCUUCAAAUGUUUUCUGCUGAUGUAUUACAAGAAUAGCAGGGGCCGGAACUACCGCAAGCAGGGUCAAUUGCUAACUUUGGUUGAGUAUCUUGUACUGCUAUAUCGUGCUCUGCUUCCAGCGCCAGUUUGGUAUCGUUUCUUUUUGAACAAGGAAUACGGAAGCCUCUUUUCAUCAUUAAUGACCGGGCUGUAUCUAACUUUUAAGCUGACUUCUGUUGUCGAGAAGGUCCAAUCUUUCUUCACAGCUCUGAAGGCGCUGUCACGUAAGGAGAUUCACUAUGGAGUAUAUGCGACCCCUGAACAGGUCAAUGCAGCGGGGGAUCUCUGCGCUAUUUGCCAGGAGAAAAUGCAUACACCAAUCUUACUACGUUGUAAACACUUAUUUUGCGAAGACUGUGUUUCUGAAUGGUCAGUUUUCUGCCUUUUGCUUCAACCAUUUGUGCUUUGACCCUCUUUGAGCAUGGCUCAUGCAUGAUGUAUAACCUGUUAUUAGAAUGGAGUGAUCUUCAUUAUCUCAAUUGUCACCUGGUAGUUGUGAAGUAAUGAGCACAAGGGGAUUGCAAAUAACACAUGAACCAUACACAAGGAAUAUUUGAUAUCCCUUUCUUCAGUUUCUUUGCGCUUAUUCACCUUGAGUUGGUAACGCAAUUUUCCACCCCUAGAGCUAGGAUUUUUUCCUCUUUUCCUUACAUCCAAGCAAAAUGACUCCGAUUCAGUUUAUCAACUAAAGUAUAUUGAUGUGAUUUUUUUUCUUGAUAUGCUAAACGUUGUUCCCUGAAACCCCACCUCUCCCCCAAAACCCAGGAGUCCAAUUGCGCUAUCCCAGUUUGCUCCUUUUGUGACUUGAACCCUGAACCUUACAAUUGGAGAUGGAGGAGGGUCUUUACCAGAGGUUGUUCUGCCUGUUCUUCCUCAUCAAAGUUAGUUU